GUUGUUUACAUUACUGGCACACGGGUCAGCGGUGUGGUGCUGAGGGGGGCCUAGCGGCGCAGAGGCUGUCUGAAAACACGUACACAUCCCGACUGGCUCCACGGCACAGGCGCUCUCAGCGUGAAAACUUUGUAGCGCUCCGGCAAAGUGCCACGCAACAAGAGAGGCCCGCCGAGUCGACUUCUCUUUUCUUUUUUUUUUCUUUCUUUUUUUUUGUGUGUGCAGCGACCUUGGAAAGAAAGGGAAAGUCAAAACAAAGACAACCGCCAUAACCAGCAGGAGAAACUCUCAACGUGAAGAAGGAAUAGCUUAGCAACAGAGUCCCACUUCCUGAGGUGUACAGGAUCGAGCUCCUAACACCAUGGAUAUGGACACGCAGCCGCAAGGACAGCAAGCAGCCGUGCCAGUGUUUCAACCCCAGAAACCAUUGCAGCCAGAUAUGGGCCACAAUUCACUGGCUAACUUCCAGAUUGAGAAGAAGAUUGGACGUGGCCAGUUCAGUGAGGUUUAUCGAGCGAGGUACCUGUUAGACAACACAUCAGUGGCCCUGAAGAAAGUUCAGAUAUUCGACUUGAUGGAUGCCAAAGCUCGGCAAGAUUGCAUCAAAGAGAUAGAUCUCCUUAAGCAAUUGAACCACCCCAAUGUGAUAAAGUACCAUGCUUCUUUUAUUGAGGACAAUGAGCUGAACAUAGUACUGGAGCUAGCAGAUGCUGGGGACCUCUCUCGUAUGAUCAAGCACUUUAAGAAGCAGAGGAGGCUUAUCCCAGAGAGAACAGUGUGGAAGUACUUCGUCCAGCUCUGCAGUGCGCUUGAACAUAUGCACUCCCGGAGAGUCAUGCACAGAGAUAUCAAGCCAGCCAAUGUAUUCAUCACAGCUACCGGUGUAGUGAAACUCGGAGACUUGGGACUGGGGCGAUUCUUCAGCUCCAAAACAACCGCUGCUCACUCACUAGUGGGUACUCCUUACUACAUGUCACCAGAGAGGAUACAUGAAAACGGCUACAACUUCAAAUCUGACAUCUGGUCGCUAGGAUGCCUGCUCUAUGAGAUGGCAGCCCUACAGAGUCCGUUCUACGGGGAUAAGAUGAACCUCUACUCCCUUUGUAAGAAGAUAGAACAGUGUGACUACCCCCCUCUUCCCUCAGAUCACUACUCAGAGGAGCUGAGGAACUUGGUAGAUAUGUGCAUCAACCCCGACCCGGAGAAGAGGCCGGACAUCACCUACGUGUACGACAUUGCCAAACACAUGCAGAACAUGACACAGGGCAGCUAAGCCCAGAGUUACACACACUAUGCCUUGCAGAACUCCUCCCCACAGCCCUCCUCGCUUUUCAUGCUGGACUCGUAAUACACCUUUCAGCUUAUUUUCAGAGUGUAGCUCUGGAGUAAGUAGUACAUGUAACAGAUUGUUAUUUUCAAGGCGGUGGUACAGUCUGUAACGUGACUGACACCCAAACCUUCUCUGCCCGAGGAUAAAGAUUAUAGAGAUUACACUUUUUUGUCCGUGGAUCUCCCAUUCCUUAGACUUCAGUCAUAUUUUUACACUGAGAAUCAGUGUAUUGUAGCCCACUGACGUGUUGCUAUGGCUUUAAAAAGCGUGUCAUUUUUUUCUCAUGUAGUGAAGUGAAGCCGUCCUUCUGCAGCUGCUAUUAGCAGAUAUACUGGUAGGAAGCAGGUAUACUGGAAACAGAUAAAAUUUGCAAAAUUAUAACAUUCAGUGUUUUUCAAUGGAACAGUUAAGUCAAUGCGAUUCUUACUAAAUGUGACCUUGUAGGCUUUUGAUGUGUCAGAUGAGACCUAUUGUUGUUAAAUGGCACGAAGAACGACCAUGAAAACCUUUAGCGAAAGUUGGAGUGAAGAGAUGUUCACUCGAUGACAGCAAAUCUGAGAUGUAACGAGAGUGUAAGUGAUGGUUGAAGUGUUGUUGUGUUGCACUUUUUACCCUGGUACUGGAAGGCUGGCAGGGUGAUCACGUCUAAUGAAUGUAUUAGAAAAGGAAGGAUCGUUGUAGAGGGUAGACUAGAGACGUGCUAGGGGGAGAACAUGGGCAAAUGUCUGCACAACACUUUGAAUGUAAGUCGUUUUGACACCUAUGUAUUGUCUUUGAAAAAUUCAGAAUGCGUCUUUUUUUGACAGCCUAGAAGGCAUGGAAGCUGUAACAAAAGCGGUUUUACAUUUUGCUGUUUACCUUCGUCACUGACUCCCAAAAUAUUUCCUCCUUAGUUCAGCUUAGGUGAAGGUGUACUGCUAUUACACAACGUUAGGUUUUGUAGGACUGGUAAAGUCACCAAAAUUAAACUCCAUCGUGGUUGUAUUUGGCCCACCAGAAAGGUCGUCUACCUGUACAAAAUGGUAGUGUUUUAAACUACAGGGUGUUAAUAAGCACUUUCCAAAUGGUUAAUUAGAUAUUUACGAGCUCUUACAAGAUGUCGGAUUAACACAAGAAGCACAAACAGUUUACAAAUGUGGUAAUAAACCAUUUACAAUGUAUUACCAGAUAGUGUUGUAAAUGCUAAAUGUUUGCAUUUAAACCUACCAUCAAUAAAGAUGUAAAAAAAAAAAACAAGAGCAACAUAUAAACUAGUGAACAUAUAAGGGAUUAUUUACAAAGGCAAUAAUAAACUGUGUAUUAACAGAGCAAAAUGAUCAACAACAUUUAUACCGUCUGUUUUAUCAGUUUGAUAAUUGAUCAAUAAAAAAAUGCAAAAAUUGAACUUUUUAUUGUCCAUCUGGAUAUUUAGAUGUAUCUGUACAGAUAUGCAGACGUUAGAGAGACGGAUAUAGACGGACACGUAGGCAGUGUUUACAGACUUGAGAUCGUAAACUGUGUCUGUGUUCAAACGUGGACUCUUGUAUCCGCUGUUUUGUAAUAAAGAAAGUUCAAUUUUCAAAUCCUGUACAUUGUAUUGUGUUGUUAUUCACUGACAGUUACGUAGAUAGAGAGUAUACACAGCACCUGGAGCUGCAAAAAAAAAACAAACUCAAGCUGAUAAACUAGAUGUAAUAAAUGUGUUAGUUUAUUACUUUGUUAUACGUCAUUUAUUAUCACCUUUAUAAACGAUGAGCUAUACAUGGAGAACAUUUGUUUUCUAUAAAUAAACACGAGUGUAAUGCAUGAAUUAAACGUUUCCGACCGUUUUUUUUUUUUUUCCAAGUCUCUGCUUGUAAGGGCUUGUACAUAUCAAAUUAACCGUUUAGUAAACGGUUUAUUAACAUAACUUAUUCUGAAGCGUUGCCACCAACAGCGUCUUUUUAACUAACUAGUCUGAGAUCCUAAAAAGGAAAUAAGAGGAGCAUCAACAUCCAGAGCAACUUAUACACAUAUAAGUUUAUGAAAGGUUUAUCAAGGAAAGAGGAAAUCAAACGUCAAUGGGACUAAUUUAGUUUUGCUGUACAUAGCAAAGAGUAAACCCCCCGCUGAAUGAAUAAAGGGUUUCAGUGACCUGUUAUGCAUUUGGAAGGGUUUUUGUCUGUUUGUUUGUUUGUUUGUUGUUUUUACAGUGAGUCGGUUUACACCAGCGGGUCACAAGUGAUGACCGCCGCUGGUUUACACAACAACAACGACGUCGAAGGUGUAGUCGGUGAACAGUGAUUGCUUUCUUUCAGUGUCUUAUGAAUUCUCCUUUAACAUUGUCAAAUAGCCUGUUAGCCCUCCAUCGAACGCCCACUGUUUGUACUGAUCUUUUUUUAAUUAACAUUUAAUGCUAUUAACAUGUUCUAUACAACAUCAAAGCUUUUAGGUGCAGGAAAAAUGUAAGUUAUUCAGUUUUGGUUAACAGAAUAUUUUGAUGUUAUUUGUCAGAGACUUGCAGAGACAGUGUUUGCAACUUUUCCUUUGUAAUCGAACACCUUGUCCUGGAUUGUGUUCCUUUCCUCUUGCUUUUCAUUCCCACAGCGACACAAUGGUUUUUAUCUUUUCCCUCAUUUUGGUAGUUAUCCUAAGUUUUCAUCAUCUCCACCCCAGUAGUCAGUCUCCUAUCCUGACGCUCUCUGAAUGACAACGUCGGCACCAAAACGUUUCAGUAUUCUGUCGUAUUUACAGUGAAGCAAACGCUUUAAAGCACUUUUUAGAUGUUUUAGUUUUGAUGCGAUACAGAAUUCCCUAAAUUGGUCGUCUGCAGCAGAAAAAUACCAAAAACUGAUUCUUAAACGGUUUAAGGGAAACAGAGUCUCGUGUUUAAGUAAAUGCAGCACAUGAUGCAAUGAUAGUGGCUUUAAAAUUCACAUCGACGGCCUUUCACGACACCAAAGUAGCACAGCUGUAAGGAAUGUGGCUGCAUCUGUGCGGGAUCGGUUGUGUUUUCUGUUUACCUACAGAAGUGUAGAUCCUCACUCGGGGGUUGUUUAAUACACACAGUGCUACGUCACUUUAACAAAUAUGACUUCUUCUUGAUUUUGUUUUUGUCUUUAUUCAAUGUAUGACAUCGCUCCAGUGUGCCCCAGCCCUGCUAGCGUAGCCCAGUUUGCUUUUAUGCAUGCCCUUUGAAAUUGAUAUCCAAGAGUCCAGUUGUUGUCCAGAAAGUAAAAAUAUUGGCAAAUGAUAUUUAUUGUCUUGGUAGUUUAGGUGUUGUCUGAACAUUUCAUGUCAAAAUAAAUACCCACAAACACCUUGUAUGCAAACUAAAUGUAAUAAAGCUUUGAAAUUUCUUUUGGACAGAA